AAUUUACUUCUCAGUCUCUACAAAGUUUUUUCUGUGUAUGUGAAUUUUUUGGCACUCAUUUGUGAUAGUUCAUCAUGCCUUGGGCAAAAUACCUCUUACUUUUCACAGUGUGUGUAAUGAUGCUGAGCUCUUCUAUAAAGGCUGAUUCUAAGGCCUUUUCUGAAACUGGUGCUUAUGGAGCAGUCUCGGAAAACACAGUCUAUUUUGGCAAACUUUUAAUUGGUGGAGAAAGUACAGUAUCUGAUAGUGACACACGAACAUCUGGAUUGAGGUCACUGAAGUCAAAUUAUGGGAAGUCUCACCUUGUUAAAACAAAGCUGCAACAUCGGAGUCCAUCUGUGCAGUGUAGCAAUGAUUCAAUGAUCCUGCGCAUUCCAGGAUCAAGAACCCCAAACGUUUUGGUUGAUCGAGGAGAGGAGUCACCAGUGCCUUUGUUGGAGAUGCCAGCCAGCUGUGGCUUCUCACUGAAGAGAGUACGUAGGGAUCUCUCUUUUGUUGCUCCAUACCGGGGCUGUAACGUCAGACGACAGGGUGGAAAUUUUGUUCUGCCACUCAUUAUAAUGGGAACUCGAACGCAAAUAUCUUGUCCCGUGAGUGCUUGUCUCCCUGACGUGUCCUGCUCUUCCUCUGGCAUGACUUUCUCACUUGGGGUCAGAGCUAAUGAUGUUAAAGUUAAAGUGGAUGGAUCAUGGCAACCCCUGCUUAUGACACUCUCUCAAUGCUCAUUCGAAUUGGACACUACUGACGAUUCGCUGGUUGUCACUGCACCGUUCACAGGAAGCUGUCUGGAAAUGACGGACACUGAAUGGCAACUCCCUUUGAUGUACGGAGAUCGAGAGGUGACCAUUUCCUGCCGCCUGGCACAGCCAACGACCGCCCCAACCACGCCUCCUACCCGUGACCCACACAUGCAAAUGUUUGGACCUUUCCCUUUUAGACCUUCGUGGUAUCCUCCAUAUCCUGGUGUACGUUCUACCCUGCCUCCCACUGUCCCACGUACAACAGCUACUCCACUCCAAUAUCCCAUCUAUCCCUGGCCAUACUUUUUCUCUAAACGUGACCCCCCAUACUGGCCACAGAAGCCGUAUCCAUUUCCAAUGUACCCGCCAUUCUAUGGUCCUCUGUAUCCGGAUCCACUCGUCGUUCCCCGCAGCCCUAAAUCAGUUUCCUGGUACAGGUCUCGUAAAUGACAAUUUUUGCAAAGUGUACUCGAGUGGCAUUGCUGUUGACAUGUGAACUGACAAUGGUUCUUUAAGCCUAAUAAAGCUGACUUUAUGAA